UGGAGACCAGGGCGGACAAAUCCCCUCAGCAGAACCUUGUGGCAGAGGCCAUUUUGAGCACCUCCAUGUCGAAGGAAUCCAAAAGGGAGGAGAAGCCUCAGAGAUGCUUUAUGAGGAGGGGCUGCAAACCCAGCCCUGGGAUCUGUGAGGAGGAAAGACCCACCCUGAGCCAGGAAUUCAGCUGGAGAUAGGGGACACAGACAUAGAUAGGGACAUGGAAGGACAUGGACAUGGGUGGGGUCAUAAACUGGGACAGUGUUAGUGCCACCACAGUGCACUUUCAUCUCAGCCAUGGCAAAGCACUGCCUGAUGCAGUUCCUGCCACCAUGUCCCCACUGUCACCACUACGGUGUCCCAGCUGAAUGUCACUAUCCACUAGGGCGGGACAGGGAACUUGUUCAGCUGGUGACAAGUGGCCCAGAAGCAGGUGACAGCCACCAGGGUGUCCCAGAGCCACUACACUCAAGGGACCCCAGCUGCCCCUGGGAACAGGCUGGGGACAGGACAAGGGCCAUUGUCAUCUGGGGUUCACAUGGCCUGGGGACAGCGUCCCCUGACACAUCCUGGUGGCUUCAUGCGCUGACAUGUCAUGGUGGCAGCGUCCCCACAGGUGUGGCAACAUUGUCCUUGAUGUGUCUCCUGGUGGCAUUGUGCCUCCUCCUCUCUGUGUGUCCCCAUCUCCCCCCACCUCGUGUGUCCCUGUCCAUAUCCAUGUCUCCCUAUCCCUUUCCCUGUGUCUCUGUCCCUCCCCCAUGUGUCCCUGUGGGGUCAAAGUCCCCAAGGCCCCGGGGCUGUGUCCUGCAGGGUGUCCCGCUGUUCACAGGGUGUCCCUGUGCCCCUCAAGGUGUCGCCAUGUCCUGUAGGAUGUUCCUGUGGCUGCUCCUGGCACUGAGCGUCUGCGCCCACCCUGGCACAGGUGUGUCCUCAGCUGUGUCCCCAGCUGUCCUCCCACGCCACAUGGACUCGGUGCUCGACAUCCUGGAUGCCCUCGAGUCCCCGGCCCGGGGCGGCUCCCCCGGCACUGCCGCAGCCUUGGGGAGGGGUCUGGGAGUGUGCAGCACCCCGGGGUGCCGGGCGGUGCUGGGUGAACCUCCCGGGACCCCCGAACGCCCCCCAGCUCUCACCCCGGGCCAGUGGCAGCUCCUGACCGAGCUCCUCCACCACGACCCAACGACACCGGAGCUGGGGGCGGUGCUGGUGCCCGACGGCUCCACAGUGGCCCUCUGUCCUCUCCUGGCCGGCAUCGAGGUGGGGCUGAGAUCUGGCGGGUUUGGGCGACCCCUCCCCACCCUCGACCCGCCUGCUGACCCCUUCUUGGCUGUCACCAUCACCGAGGCAUUGGGGACAUCCUUCCUGCUGGCACAGGGGUGUGACAACAACGCCACCGUGUUGGGACCCGGCGGCUGCUGGGACAACAUGGAAAAUCCCCAAAAUUACACCUUGAGGGGUCCCCCAUCCCCUGUCCCUGACCCUGUGGCCAUCGGGGCCAUGGACGGGGUGAUCCUGGGGGUGCGGCUGGCCCAGGGACCCCUCCCGGUGGCCGAACUGCUUCGGGGCUACUACGGGACUGGGAAUGGCUCGGAAGCCCGGAGACCCCCCAGCAGUUACCGGCGCCGGAAAUUUGGGGCACUGGCAGGACAGGAACGUCUGGAGAAGGAGGUGGCGGCAACUUUGGAGCUGCUGAGGACGCUGUCACCCACCUCGGAGCUCCUGAGAGACGUGGGGACACAGGAGGUGGUAGCUGUGGCUCGUAGGGCGGCACGGGAGUUCAGCGAGCGCUACGUGGAGUGCCCGGCCAUCAUGCCGCGCUGCCUGUGGGGUGCCCAUCCCUACCGGGGCACCCCAGCCCCACUGCAGCCCCCACUGGGCUCAGUGUUCCUACACCACACCCUGGAGCCUUCACGGCCCUGCCAGACCUUCAGCGCCUGUGCCCGUGCCAUGAGGGACAUGCAGCGCUUCCACCAGGACACCCGCGGCUGGGACGACAUCGGCUACAGCUUUGUGGUAGGCUCGGAUGGGUACCUGUACGAGGGCCGGGGGUGGCACUGGGUGGGUGCCCACACCAAGGGCUACAACACCCAAGGCUUCGGUGUUGGCAUCGUUGGGGACUUCACGGCCACCCUUCCGGACCCCGACACUCUGGCCCUGGUCCGGGAUGAGCUCCUGCCCUGCGCCGUCCGCUUUGGCCAUAUCCGGCCAGACUUCAGCCUGCGCGGCCACCGCCAGCUGGGCCACACCGACUGCCCCGGCGAUGCCCUCUUCCAGGAGAUCCAGAGCUGGCCUGGCUUCCAGGGGACACCGGUAGAACAGGGACUUGGGUGAGGAGCCGCCCCAGCCAGGGACCCUGGGCUGGAUGGAGACAGGAGAGGUUGGACAGCAGUCCAGAUGGAGACCAGCCCAAUCUGGAUGGACACUGGUCCAGCAGAUGUUGGUCUGAUGGAUCCCAGCUGGACAUUGGUCCAGAUGCACACCAGACACAUGGAUCCCAGCUGGACGCUGGUCUACGGCCCCCCAGCCUGGACAGCCCCCAACCGAGAUGACCACCAGCCCAGCCACACCCUGGCCCACCCCACUUGUCCACCAGCCCAUCCCAGUAGCCCCAACCUCAAAACCUCCCAAAAUAAAUCCAAUUCCAGGACAUCA